CUCCCUGAUCUGCGACGGACAAAGCAGCCCACGGUUCUCAGGAUGGAGACCUUCACCUUUUUUGACCCCAGCAAAGCCGAUUGUAUUGCGUAUUGUCAAUCAGUUGAUGACGACACAACCGAAGUCCCGCCUCCAAGUAUUAUUCCGACUACACGGCUGUUAACUCUCACUUCGUCUCCUCUCUCGCAGUCGGGUAGCCCUACCCCUUUGGAGAAAAAAGGAGGUGGAAUCAACGACAGCUCCCGCCCCUUGCGAGCUUUGAUUGGUGAAGAAAGGUGGCUGUGGCGUGACGAUUGGCCUUCAUCCCGGCCUCUCAGCAAUCUGCCGCGCUGGGUGGUGCGGCUGGCUGCCGCGCUCGAAGUCCCUCUGUCAGUCUCUUCCUUUCUUUGCCUUGCACUUUUGUUGGUUUGCCUCAGCGAGCGGACGAGCGAAGAAACGAAGAAUAGCUCCGUUAGGAGUGAGCCGAGCCGGAGUCGGGUUAGCUACGGAAGGGGGUGAGCCUGGAUCCUGACUGACGCUGAGGGAAGUUUUGUUUUCUGGCGAAGAAGAGAAUUUUACCCCCCUUGGCUGGGACAGUUGGAAUCGACGGUUGAGUAACGGCUGUUGGUAGAGAGCGGCGGGUUUCUUUCUCCCGGCGAGUUCGAAGGUUGAAAACUUCAGAACAAAUGUUGGAAGAUGUUGGCUGUGGACACAGGGAUUGUAGAAGAAUGGCUAUCAGAAUUCAAGACAGCACCAGAAGCAUCCAUACCAAGCUAUGCUAAAAAUCUGAAAAACAAGAGUUCUCUGGUUUCAUCUUUGUACAAAGUUAUUCAGGAUCCACAGAGUGAGUUGCUGGAGCCAGUCUGUCAUCAGCUGUUUGAGUUCUAUCGUAGUGGUGAGGAACUACUUCUACAAUUCACAUUGCAGUUUCUUCCAGAAUUGAUAUGGUGCUAUCUUGCUGUUUCUGCAAGCAAAGAUCUACAAAGCAGUGGCUGCAUAGAAGCACUUCUCCUAGGAAUUUACAAUUUGGAAAUAGUUGACAGACAGGGGCACAGUAGAGUAUUAAGUUUUACAAUUCCAUCCUUAUCUAAACCUUCAGUAUAUCAUGAACCUUCCAGUAUUGGCUCAAUGGCUCUUACUGAGGGCGCUUUAUCUCAACAUGGCUUAUCCAAGGUUGUGUAUAGUGGACCUCAUUUACAGAGAGAGAUGUUGACAGCACAAAACAGGUUUGGAGUACUGACAUUCCUUUUGUUGCGAUACAAUGCUGCCUUAAGCUAUAUGCCUGCAGUUUCUCUUCAGUCAUUAUGUCAGAUCUGUUCAAGGAUUUGUGUUUGUGGGUAUCCUCGGCAACAAGUGAGGAAAUACAAAGGCAUAAAUAGCAGGAUUCCAAUUUCUUCUGAAUUCAUGGUGCAAAUGCUAACUGGAAUUUAUUAUGCUUUUUAUAAUGGAGAAUGGGACCUGGCUCGAAAAGCAAUGGAUGACGUUUUAUACAGAGCACAACUGGAGCUAUAUCCAGAACCACUAUUGGUUGCUAAUGCAAUAAAAGCUUCAUUGCCUCAAGGUGCCAUAAAAUCUAGUAAAGAAGGAACAAAAUGCAUUCAGGUUGAAAUUACACCUACAGCAUCUAGAAUAUCAAGAAACGCAGUGACUAGUAUGUCUAUUCGAGGACAUAGAUGGAAAAGGCAUGGUAAUGAACUGGGAAUUCCGGAAGAAGAAUUAAUAGAAGUAUCUGAAGUUGAUGAGGGUUUUUACUCUAGGGCUACUUCUGCCACAAGUCAUUCUGCUUUAUCGAACAGCAGCACCAGUAAUAAGCCUCUGACAGGCAAGAGUCAGCGAAGGUCUGGAGGAAGCAAAGUUGGAGUGAAAGAAAAAGAAGCUGUUGGUGAAUCCUACAAAGAACACUUGUCUCGUAAACAAAGCCAGAGAGCAAUGAGUGAGAAUUUAGAGCUUCUGUCUCUAAAGAGGCUGACUCUGACUAGCAGCCAGUCCCUGCCUAAGCCAGGCAGCCAUAGUUUGGCCAGAACAAGCACAACUCUUUUUAGUAAAUCUUUUGAACAAGUCAGUGGUGGUGUGAUCCCAAAUAACCACAGUGGUACAGAUGCAAACAGGUUUUCUGUAUGUAGCUUGCAAGAGGAGAACUUGAUUUUUGGAGCUGAAAGGACUGAAUUUCCUGUUCCAAGCAAGCAGCCAAAUCAGCAGCGACCACCUAGUAUCAGCAUAACACUUUCAACAGACUAACAGACCCUCAUAAAUUUCUCAGUAUAUAAAAAAAAGGAUUCAGUUGAUUUUACUGCCAUUUAUUAUGACCUUUUCUAAAUAUUUCUCUUCAUCUGUCUAGAAAGUUUUUCCUUCUUUGAAAGCUGUGUCUAAACUGCCAAGGUUUAAGAACAGCAGUAAAUUUAAACAGAAUAGGGUGAGGACUUGGUUACCUUCAUAUUUUAAGGCUGGGUUUUUUUGCAUACUGUGUUAGUACUAAUUGCUAACAGUCAUUUCAAAAACUUUGUACAUUUAAGUUGACCAGAUUGUGUUAACAUGUUUUGUAGGAUACACCAGCCCUGAUUUUAUAAAUACUUCACAGAAAAUGAUGUUACUCUAUAGGAAUCCUGACUCAAGGAAUGAAAUUCAUAAUAAUGUUACAAUUAGCCUUGUACUGGAGAGCUGAUACAUGACAGACUUAUGCUGGGCAUAUGCCAUCUUUAGUAUGGAUUGCAUUGCUUGUGCAGACUUUAGCCAUAUGCUUUGAGGAACAUAUUAUCAUUGGCACAAUCUGGAAUUAAUGUGUCUGAUCCAUCUAUGUAAUAACCAUUGUUUUUCUUUUUUGCUCUCACUGAGCUAGAAAGGGUUCUUUAUGCUUUUUUUUAAGCAAUUAAGGUCAAAUCAGGGUGGGGGUGAGAUGAAACUUUUUUAAAAAAAAAAUCUCUUACAUGCACAGACAAACUAAGUAUGCUGGGUUGGGUUCAUUGAGUCACAUUAUUCUUGCUACAAGAAUUCAGGUAUAAUUUUGACUUGUACAGUUGCGUAUAAUGAGCAUUUUUCAAAAUGUAGUUGGGAAAAUGGGGCUCUGUCAUCUUUUAGACACCACCCUUGCAUUGAUCAGUAUAUGGCAGGUAAACAUUGGCUUCACAUGUUGAGUUUCAGAUUUCCAUAGGAGCUUAUACAUUUAACCCCCGAUCUGUGAUGGUCCCAUCUGUGAUCUGUACACACUGACUGUAAUGUCGCACAAAUCAAUUGUGUGUGCAUUAAACUUUGUGCACAGAGGCUUCUACGUAAACAUGAAAUCAAACACACACAUUGAGUGGAGAGACAUAUUCUUGACCCCCACACUGUAACUUAUUUCAAACACUAGCAUAGGGCCACUGAUUACACAAUAUCAAUGCUUAACAAUAUAAUUUCCUAUAAGUAGCAAAUUCAUUUUUUGAGCCUGCCAACACAGCAAAGAGCCAAUACAAGAAACAAUUUUUUAAAAAUAAUUAUAUGCUGCCUUUCCAUACCAUAUAUACUCAUGGCUGAUUACAACAGUUACAAAACACGUAAGUGUAGCCAUAGUUAUAGUACAGUUUAAAGUAUUUUAAAAGUUAAUCUUUUAAACCAACACUUUAAAACCAGAGUUAAAAUUCUAAUUAAAAGGCCUUAUCAAAUAAAAGUGUCUUCAACUGAAUAAUAUAGCAGUGUGUCUGCUUUUUUCCCCAUCCUGCAAUGAUGGUGAUUUUCCAACUAAACCACCUCAUACCACAAGCUCACAUUAAUCCACAUUCUCUUGAAGCUAUGUUGAAACUAGCUGCAUAGAGGUAUAGUCAAUAAUGUUUUUUGUUGGCUUUAAGUUUAAAGCAGGCAACUAGAAACUUUGAGAAUAUAACAGGAAUUUAGCAGGUAAAAAUCCCCCAGUUUUUAGAAAUUCUAACUUGGAUUCCAAGGAACCUCCUUGUGUGCAUUUCCAGAGUGUAUGUUCUCUAACCAAAACUAAUAAAAAGGUAAAGGUAGUCCCCUGUGCAAGCACCAGUCGUUUUCGACUCUGGAGUGAUUCUCUAAUAGUGUUCGUGUGAAAUACAAAGUGUUGUAAAAAUAUCUGAACUUAAAAUGUUUGGAGCCUACAUUUUAAUGUCUGUUUGCUUAAUCUGAUGAUGUCAUUUAUUUACUACUUUAAACAAUAUUAAAUGUAUUCUAACAAACUUAAAGCACUGACAGUUUCCUACAUUUUUAGUUAUUAUACUGGCAUUCUGCAGAGAAUAACAGAAUACAGAAAUAUGCUGCCAUGGUAAAUGAAAAAGAUUUAAACUUCUUAGUUAACCAUCAAAAAUGCCAUGAGAAAUGAAGUGACUUUUUACAAAAAGUUUAGUGCUGUAGUUCUUGAGCUAUAGGUAGUGUGUUUGUGUCAAUUUGUGGGACUCCACAGUGACCACGAAGAUGAUUUAUAUGUAUCUGCAAAAGUUUAAACCUAGUUUGUCGCUUGGACAUAAUUUUGCAAUAGGACAUAUGUACCUUUUGGCAUUUAGGCAUACAUCCUGAUUGUAAAAGGGGUUCUGUAUGUAUUAAGAGUAUUUUUUUAAAAGUUAUAUCUGCAUCAGUCCUCUUAAUACAAACAGCAUGGCAGAUGGUCCCAACCCAUUUUGAUCAAAACCAGCUUUUCAUCCGGAUAAAUUUUGGUAAUCUGUAAGGGUCUAAGUUUGCUAAAUGUUGGGAGUAUAAUCCUACUUAUAUAUGAUGCUGGUUUUGUAUAGUAUAUACAGGUCUCAUAAACUUGAUUUCAUUAAAAUCUAACCUUUAUGUAUUGUAUGACUAUUCAAAUUUCCCAAUAUAUAAACUUUGAUAAAUACAGGAAAUUUGGGGUGAUUGAAUUUUUAGCAUUAUGCCAGCUUUCUCAAAAGACCUGCUGUGGUCCUGAUCAUGAGGAUAAGAUUUGAGACUUUAGACUUCUGAAGCAUAUGUACUCAGUCUGCAGCAUAGGGUAGAGUUUCCACUCAAGUUCUGUGCUGCACAUUCUCACAAUUUUAUAGUUUAAUGCAGAAUUUCAAAUGAGGUCAUAAAGUCUUGGCUCUGGAAUGUAAUAGCUAACUUUGAUUUGGUAGAUUCAGGUGGGUGGCCGUGUUGGUCUGAAGCAGCAGGACAAAGUUUGAGUCCAGUGGCACCUUUAAAAACAACCAAGAUUUAUUCUGGGUAUAUAAGCUUUCAUUAUAGACUUAAUAGGCAAUUGACAAUUUGAAUUGAAAAUGGCUAAAUAAUAUUGGAUAGGUGAACAUCGCUUUUAAAAUGUUUUGUAGGUAGUCUUUUACUAAGUUACAAAAUUGCAACAGUUUAUUUUGUAUUUUCAACUAUAGGUGUUUUGUUCAGUGACUUAUUACAUUGAGUGAUCAGGUGAAUUAAGUGGAGUUAAUCAGUGUAAAUGGCCAGUGAUUUGUGAUAUUAGAAAAAUAAGAUAGUGUGUGAAUGUUUUUUAUUAGACAUUGCUGUGGUGAUACAUGGGUUUUUAUAAACAAUUUACUGAAUGUUUGGAGACUACAGUUUUUGAAUAACACUGAAAUAAUGCAAUCUUGUAUUGAUAACCUUGCAGUUUUGAUUGAAACAAUUUAUGAAUGUAUCCCUGUGUAAUGGACACACUUUGCUUUUUUGUGUUUUGGUUUUAAAAUGGUCUAGACUAAUUUGUACUACUUGGUACUGCAGCCUUUUGUAUUUAGUAUAGCUCCGUUUCUGAAUAUUGAAGACUGAAACAGGCUAGAUAGGUAUUUUUAAUAAUUCCAGAGAAGACCCAAUGAUUGAUACAUUUUUCCUUAACAAUAUAAUUCAAACGAGUGUACUACUUUCUCUUUUGUAUCGUAGUUUGUGAAUACUUUCUGGUUUUUUGGUAACAAAAUGUUUGUUUUGUAGACUUAAAUAAAUGAAUUGUUUACUUAAGAGUUCACAUUUCUAAAA